UGCCUGGAGCCGGCGGCGGGCGGCCGCACGUWGCGUGAGGCGGGCGGAGCGGAAGCCGGUGGGCACAGGAGCAGUGAGUGGCACGAUGGACCUGGCCUACGUCUGUGAGUGGGAGAAGUGGCCCAAGAGCACCCACUGCCCAUCAGUGCCCCUGGCCUGUGCCUGGUCCUGCCGCAACCUCAUUGCCUUCACCACGGACCUCCGCAGCGAUGACCAGGACCUGACCCGCACGAUUCACAUCCUGGACACAGAGCACCCCUGGGAUGUGCACUCCGUCAGCUCCCAGCACCGCGAGGCCAUCACCUGCCUGGAGUGGGACCAGUCAGGCUCCCGGCUCCUCUCCGCUGAUGCCGACGGGCAGAUCAAGUGCUGGAGCAUGGCGGACCACCUGGCCAACAGCUGGGAGAGCUGCCUGGGCAGCAUGGUGGAGGGGGACCCCAUCGUGGCCCUGUCCUGGCUGCACAAUGGUGUGAAGCUGGCGCUGCACGUGGAGAAGUCAGGUGCCUCUAGCUUCGGUGAGAAGUUCUCCCGCGUCAAGUUCUCGCCGUCACUCACGCUGUUUGGCGGCAAGCCCAUGGAGGGCUGGAUCGCMGUGACCGUCAGCGGCCUGGUCACAGUGUCCCUGCUCAAACCCAGCGGGCAGGUGUUGACRUCCACCGAGAGCCUGUGCCGGCUGCGUGGCCGCGUGGCCCUGGCUGACAUCGCCUUCACSGGUGGCGGCAACAUUGUGGUGGCCACCGCGGAUGGCAGCAGUGCCUCGCCCGUGCAGUUCUACAAGGUGUGCGUGAGCGUGGUCAGCGAGAAGUGCCGCAUUGACACAGAGAUCCUGCCCUCGCUCUUCAUGCGCUGCACCACAGACCUCAGUCGCAAGGACAAGUUCCCCGCCAUCACCCACCUCAAGUUCCUGGCCCGGGACAUGUCCGAGCAGGUGCUCCUGUGUGCGUCCAGCCCGACGAGCAGCCUCGUGGAGUGCUGGUCCUUGCGCAAGGAGGGGCUCCCUGUGAACAACAUCUUUCAGCAGAUCUCUCCUGCUGUUGGUGACAAACAGCCCAUGAUCCUCAAGUGGCGGAUCCUGUCAGCCACCAAUGACCUGGACCGUGUGUCGGCUGUGGCACUGCCCAAGCUGCCCAUCUCUCUCACCAACACUGACCUCAAGGUGGCCAGCGACACCCAGUUCUACCCCGGCCUUGGGCUGGCCUUGGCCUUCCACGACGGCAGCGUCCACAUAGUGCACCGCCUCUCGCUGCAGACCAUGGUGGUCUUCUACAGCUCCGCCACCCCGCGCUCUGUGGAUGAGCCGGCCAUCAAGCGCCCUCGCACCACAGGCCCUGCAGUGCACUUCAAGGCCAUGCAGCUGUCCUGGACUUCCCUGGCCCUCGUGGGCAUCGACAACCACGGGAAGCUAAGCAUGCUGCGCAUCUCGCCCUCCAUGGGCCACACACUGGAGGUGUCCCUGGCCCUGCGGCACCUGCUGUUCCUGCUCGAGUACUGCAUGGUGACAGGCUACGACUGGUGGGACAUCCUGCUGCACGUGCAGCCCGGCAUGGUGCAGAGCCUGGUGGAGAAGCUGCAUGAGGAGUACACGCGCCAGAGCGCAGCCCUGCAGCAGGUGCUCUCCACCCGGAUCCUGGCCAUGAAGGCCUCACUCUGCAGGCUCUCGCCGUGCACGGUGACACGCGUGUGCGACUACCACACAAAGCUUUUUCUGAUGGCUGUCAGCUCCACGCUCAAGUCUCUGCUGUGUCCACAUUUCCUCAACACCCCUGAUAAGAGCCCUGGUGACCGGCUCACCGAGAUCUGUGCCAAGAUCACUGACGUCGACAUCGACAAGGUUAUGAUCAACCUCAAGACUGAGGAGUUUGUCCUAGACAUGAACACGCUGCAGGCGCUGCAGCAGCUUCUGCAGUGGGUCGGCGACUUUGUGCUUUAUCUCCUGGCUAGCCUGCCCAACCAGGGCUCCCCCCUGCGGCCAGGCCACAGCUUCCUGCGGGAUGGCACCUCACUGGGCAUGCUGCGGGAGCUGAUGGUGGUCAUUCGCAUCUGGGGCCUGCUGAAGCCCAGCUGCCUGCCCGUGUACACAGCCACCUCGGACACCCAGGACAGCAUGUCCCUGCUYUUCCGCCUGCUCACCAAGCUCUGGAUCUGUUGCCGAGACGAGGGCCCAUCUAGCGAGCCAGAUGAGGCACUAGUGGACGAGUGCUGCCUGCUGCCCAGCCAGCUGCUGGUCCCCAGCCUGGACUGGCUGCCCGUCAGCGAUGGUCUGGUCAGCCGCCUGCAGCCCAAGCAACCCCUACGCCUGUACUUCGGCAGGGCACCCACGCUGCCAGGCAGUGCCACCACUUUGCAGCUAGACAGCCUCUCCAGAGCACCGGGCCAGCCUAAGAUGGACCAUCUGCGGCGGCUGCACCUGGGCGCCUACCCCACAGAGGAGUGCAAGGCCUGCACCAGGUGCGGCUGCGUCACGAUGCUCAGGUCUCCCAACAAGACCACGGCGGUCAAGCAGUGGGAGCAGCGCUGGAUCAAGAACUGCCUGUGUGGGGGGCUCUGGCGGCGGACACCCCCCAGCUGCCCCUGAGCGGUGCUGCCCAGUGGGCUGGGUAGAGACUGGGUGGACUCCAUGGUGCUGGCCCCACAGGGCCCUAGAGCUGGACACCCUUCCUUCCCUGCCUGUCUUGGGGGCUGUUGGAGGCACGAGGACCCUCACCCCUGUCGGCGGGCCCCUCGGCAUCAGGCCUUGGCUUCUGGGACCGCCCACCCCGCACCUCCCCAGCCAGCACCCCGAGUGCCUGGUCCCUGCCCCAGGACUAGUGGGCUACAGGCCCUGUCCUGGGGACUUGCUGGCCACCAGCCAGUUGCUGCAGGCCACAUGCUGCCUCUGUUUCCCUCCUGUUCCUCGAAGGCCCUUCCAAGCAGGGGUUGGGACAGGGCUGAGCCGGGCCUUCUGUCCCCGGGCCCGGUUGUUACUGUGGGCCCCUGCACCGCACUGGGGCAUCUCGCUUGCUCUGUCCUGAGGUCAGCCAGCAUUUACGGUCAUCAAAUGGACGCCCACCAGGCCCUGGUGUCUGUGUUGGCCAGAAGGRGCAGAGGGUGGAGGGAAGGCCUGGAGCCUCCAUCCCUGUGUGUCCUUGCCCUGGGCUCUGCCCUCCUGUCCCCAGCCCCUCCCCUGCACUGGUGCUGCUAGCCCCAGGCCCUGGUUCCCAGUGCUCUGCCUCAUGCCCCAGGGGUUCUGCCUUCUGGCAAGGAACAUUUCUGUCCAUUAUGUGCUCUGGGCCAGCUGCCCCCAGGUGGGCAGGCCCUGCAGACAUGCUGCCUGCUGAGUGAUAAUUGGUUUGCUUGUUUUCUUUCUGGAAGGCUCCAGGAGGGCAGCAGCUAACUCAGCAUGGCUGUCUGCACUUGGUCCUGGCCUGYCCCUCGCCUGGCGGGGGUUCCUGAGCCUGGUGCUAGGCAACCUGUGGCAGCAGACCCCAUCCCCGCYGGCCUCCACCAGAGUGAGGCAACAGCCUCCUGGGCCAAGGUGCCGCCUGGGGUGGGCGACAGUGCCCRGGCCACUGCCUGAUGGACAGGGCCUCCACCCGGCCCCUCCCUCCAGCAGGCAUCCUCCCUGGCCUGGGCCGCCCAGCAGACACCUGCAGAUGAUACCAGGUCCCCUGCAGAGGCCUGGGUGCAGUGGGUGGGCUGGCCUGGGCCACCCCCUCUCUCCUGGCUCUUCCCCUGCCCACAGUCAGGAGCCCUAAGCCCAAGAGAGUUGAUGUCCCUGGAUGAACAACUGCCAUUUCA